CAACCCCACUCAUUUCCGCAGCAUCCAGCCAGCCAGCCAGCGAGCUACUUGUCUCGCGAGAGAGAGAAAGACAGAGAGAGUUGGAAAUGGGGAGGGCUUCAUGCUGUAACAAGAUUGGGCUGAAGAAGGGGAGGUGGACAGCAGAGGAGGAUCAAAUCUUAAUCAACUAUAUCCAGACCAAUGGGGAAGGCUCCUGGAGGUCAUUACCCAAGAAUGCAGGGUUACUGCGGUGUGGUAAAAGUUGCAGACUAAGAUGGAUUAAUUAUUUGAGAGCCGACUUGAAGAGGGGAAAUAUAUCUGCCCAAGAGGAAGAUAUCAUCAUCAAAUUGCAUGCUUCUCUGGGAAAUAGGUGGUCUUUGAUAGCAAGUCAAUUACCAGGAAGAACGGAUAAUGAAAUCAAGAACUACUGGAACUCUCAUUUGAGUAGGAAAAUUGACACCUUCAGAAGGCCUACUACUACUACUAGUGAUCAAAUGAGUAGCCUACCAGCAGCUGCUAGUAAUAAUAUUCCUUCCAAGCGAAGAGGCGGUAGAACCAGUCGCUGGGCCAUGAAGAAGAGCAAAACAUACACCACUACUCAUUCUACUAAUUAUACCCAACGUCACAACAAGCGACAGAAGGACAUUACAAAUAUUGCUGCUGAUGAUGAUGAGGCGAUUGCCCUGGAGACGAAGACGCCCUUGCCUGGGCCUAAUGAUAAUAUUGAUACUAUGCACCACGAUUACAUGGUAUUAAUGACUGACCCAGUUGCUGAUGAUCAUGAUCAUCAUCCUCAUCACAUGGACGACUGCAGGGUCGACAACCUUGUUAAUCAUGAUCAUGAUCAUCAGCGGCAGGAGGAAGCAGGAGGACUAGCAAUGCCAGCGGUCCUCAUGAGCUCAACUACUACUAUUACUGAGGAGGAGGAGGAGGAGGUGGAGGUGGAGAAGAAGGAGACUCGUGAUCAUGAUGGGCUAUGCCCUGUCAAUAUUGAUCAGUGUCAGAAGGAAAGUCACGAAAUGCUUUUAGGACCACAUCCACAUAACGACGAGAACAAGGACGAUGACUUGGAUGAAUCUGGCGGCAUUGAAUUUGAUGGUGGGUUGUUGGGUACAUUUAAUGAAUUGAUUGACAAUGUUGAGUUACUGCAGAAGGAUCCAAAUUCAAAUGGGGUUUUGACUUUAAGUGACCAUCAACAUGAUCAUGCCAUGGGCGUUACUCAUGAGGUAGAUCAGGUAGAGACUACUACUACUUGUGGUCAUUUGAGCUCGUCAUCAAACGAACAAGUAUGCUUUUCUUCAAUAAUGUCAAUGACUGCUACUUCAAGUAGUUCAGCUUCAGCUUCAGCAGCUGCUGGUAGUUAUUAUUUUGAUAUGGAGGAUGGUCAAGCUGCUGCUGCUGCAAAUGGAAAUGAUCGUGAUCAUAACAAUCAUAUAUUAUGGGAUUGGGAGAGUGUUGUCGAAGCAGGGCAUGAGUUAUGGGAUCAUGAUGAUGAUAAAGAAAAUAUGCUUUCUUGGUUGUGGGAGGAGGGUACUUGUUCUUCUUCUACUACUAGUAAUACUACUGCUGCUGCUGCUGCUGCUUCUACCAUUGAUCGUCAUCUUAACUGGGAAGGAGACACUACCACUGAUGAUACAUCGAUGAUGAGAAAGGCCGUGGACCCUGACAAACAAAAUGCGAUGGUGGCUUGGCUUCUGUCUUGAAAUUCAUUUACUUGUUAUAUAUUGUAUCGCCCCUUUUCUUCAUUUUGUUCAUUUCAUUUCGUGAUAGACGUACGUUGAAAGUUAAUACACUCCUAGUUAGUUAGUUUAGUUUAUACUUAAUAAUUACUCGUUUUCUUUUUUCAAUUAAUGUUUGCACAAAUGGCAACUGAAAUCUUUAAGUUUUGUACAAUUGCCAUCUAGAUUGAAUUACACUAAUGUUAUUUAGACACAUUUAAUUGACAACAUUAACUUACCACCUGAUGUGGUAGCUAAUGUGGGUAUGACACCUCAAUUAAUGAAAGAUGACGUGGAUUUUUUUUUUCUUUUUUCUCUUUUAAAAAAAAUAAUAUUUUACAAUAAAAUAUUCUUCCAAAAGAGAAGCACGAGAACC